GCUGAGAUUCGGAACGAGUUCACUUGCCCCACUGCUAGAAAACUGUUCACAGCGCGAUUCACUUCGGUCAAAUGUCAUCCGUGAGACUCGAUGCGAUACGUGGCGCUUGCUCCGCAUCAUGGUAGUGAACAAAUGUUGGCAUGAUUCGCAUUACAAUGAUGGAACGAUGUGAUGCCUUGAAGCAAGAGGCACAUCAGCAAGUAGGAACACAGAACAUUUGCAUUCAGCGUCGUUUGCUGAAGCAGCCAGAACGCUUUUGAUGCAACCGCCUUGCGCGGACGAGCACAGCCGACAGGACGGCGGCUAAGAUCGGUUGCUUCGAGGUUAGUUGACCGUGUGAUUGUACACAGUCAGACUGUCACACAUAUUCUUUCUUACUUUUCUACACGUGUCCCUUCCUCGCUCUUGUAGCCAGUGAUCUUCCUUCAUUCUUCAUCCCAAACGGUCAAUAUUCGUACACCUAAACCACGAUGUUUCUCAAAAUCGUCGCUGCGGCGAGUGUCGCUCUUCUUAUGUCCGGUACGGCUUUAUCGGCGACUGUAGAGGUGCCAGAUGUCCUGGAUUUCUUGUCUCAAGAGACCACCUACGCGAGCAACGUAACGGGCGAUGCUGCGGAGAUUGAGGACGGUGUCAACGCGGAACCCGCGUUGGCGUUCAGCGCAGAUCAACUUCAGAUCCUUUUUGAAGGUCUUCUCGACCAGGAGUUUCCCGAUGAGAUGGAGAAGAUGGCAGCGAAAAUGAUGAUCGAAGACGCUGCACACGACUCUGACAGCAACGACGCCGAUGGAGAAGAACUCCUCAACAGGUUGUCGUCCAACAUCGCCAGUCUCAUGAACGACAACAUCGGGAAAUCCCUAACUGGGGAAAUGGAGUCGGAAGGAGCAAGAGGCGGCCUCGGACAAGGAGGUGUUACGCUGCUGCUGAAGCAAAACAUGGCAAAGAAGCUGAGGCUCAUUAAGAUCCUGGAAACCUUUUGGUUGUUUGUGAGGAUGUCGAAGCAAUACGUUCCACAUACGACGACGUCAACAAUGAAGCCUAGCACGUAUAUCCCUCCCCAUAAAGGCCAUCCCUCUCCUCCGAGUCAUUCAUCCACGACAACAAGGGCUCCUGGGCGUCCCGGAACUGCUCCGUCUCCGCCUGGGAACACACCGGCUCCCCGAGGAAACUCUGAGACAACCCUGUUCCUGAAUGUGGCGCCGUUAACGCUUUUGAACCGAAUAUGCCAAGGCCAGCGCGAAGCGUGCGCCCAAGUCUUUGCUGAGUCACUCCAUUCGGCGAUCUAUGCGGAGACUCAGGACGCAGCUUUCACAAAGGACAGGGUGAAGAUGGGCGCUGUAAACCCCCGAGGCUCUGGUGUAACCCAAGUCGUGAUUAUCGUGGGCGAUGGUGAUUUGCGGUUCGCCAAGGCGCUCGAGAAGGCGAUGGCUGACGUUCCGAAGUGCAACUCGGAGCCUUCCCUUCCCAUCUGCCAAACAAUGACUGGUGAUACUCUUGCGAAGAACAACGUCAGCCCUACAGUCAGCAGUGUGCGGGUCGUUCAGUGAUCACAUGAUCCAUUUCUAAUUAGGGGGCUUAUUCUGGGUACAAUCAUGUGGUCCACCGCUUGUUCGUUUGUGCAACAUCUGAUGCAGAGAGCAAUGGAUUUUUCUGAUCGCACAUUUGUUCAAAUAUUGCUAC